UCGGUCUUCACCGUCGCUCGGGUCAGUCUCCUCUCCCAGAUCUAUCCCGUCGUCCCCGGCGGACGAUCCCCCAUGGCGCCUCCUCCACCGCACCCCCGCCUGCUCCUCCUCCCUCUCCUGCUUCUCGCCGCCGCAGCCGCCUCCACGGCGAGGGCCGACGACCUGGUGGCGGAGCUCCAGUCCCUACGCGCGCGGUCCCCGUCCGGCGUGAUCCACCUCACCGACACCUCCGUCACCCGCUUCCUCUCCGCCCCCUCCGCGCGCCGCCCCUACUCCGUGCUCGUCUUCUUCGACGCAGCCUCGCUCCACUCCAAGACCGACCUCCACCUGCCCCAGCUCCGCACCGAGUUCGCGCUCCUCUCCGCCUCCUUCCUCGCCCACAACCCCGGCUCCGGUGACCUCUUCUUCGCCGACAUCGAGUUCGCCGAGUCGCAGCACUCCUUCCACCAGUUCGGCGUCAACUCGCUGCCCCACGUCCGCCUCGUCCGCCCCGAGCACGCCAGCCUCGGCGGAUCCGAGCAGAUGGACCAGUCCCACUUCUCCCGCCUCGCCGACUCCAUGGCCGAGUUCAUCGAGUCCCGCACGGGCCUCGAGAUCGGGCCCAUCGUCCGCCCGCCGCUCCUCUCCCGCAACCAGAUCAUCCUGCUCGGCAUCCUCUUCCUCAUCUCCAUCCCCUUCAUGAUCAAGAGGAUCAUCGAUGGGGAGACCCUGCUCCAUGAUCGCCGGGUCUGGAUGGCCGGGGCGCUCUUCGUCUACUUCUUCAGCGUGUCUGGGGGCAUGUACGGGAUCAUCAGGCACACGCCCAUGUUCCUCACCGACCGCUCGGAUCCCAACAAGCUCGUGUUCUUCUACCAGGGGUCGGGGAUGCAACUGGGGGCGGAGGGUUUUGCGGUUGGGUUUUUGUACACGCUUGUGGGCCUCAUGAUUGCUGGGGUGACACACCUGUUGGUGAGGGUGGAGAGCCUGCAGACGCAGCGGUUUGCGAUGCUGGCUGUCAUGGCCAUUGGCUGGUGGGCUGUUAGGAAGGUGAUUUACUUGGAUAAUUGGAAGACUGGGUAUAGCAUUCAUACCUUCUGGCCGAGCAGCUGGAGGUGAAAUUCUGGCUAAGAAGUCAUGGAUGCUUCUGCCCUUUGGUCUCAGAGGAUAUGGAGUCAUCCAAAUUGACAUUGCUGAAAUAGAGCAUCGCUUGGAUUGCGAUGAUAUGCUGCGAGUUUGAGGUUGCAGUUGUCAACUGCUGUAGUAUGAAUAGAGAGAACCCAAAGUCAUUUUAGCCAAAUUCGCAAUUCUAUUACUUAAACAGAGAAGUCUCGAAUUUGAAUUCUGAUAUGAUAUAUGGUACUUUUACAUGGUUUAACGAGACAAUGGUAAAUCUUAGAUGAUGAGGCCUGCUUACAUCUUUUGGAUGAUUGCUUGAUGAAAAUUAUCUGCAUUGAAGGUUUCGGUUU